CCCCAGCAGGGGGCAGCAGAGACCCUCAGAAGCAUCUUCUCUGCCGGAUAAUCCACAAGAAGAAGAACAGCAGCAGGAAACGUCAGCAAGCCAAAAUGGCUACAGGAGUGGAUCAAGCGGUUGGCAUGAGUCUUGUUGUCUUCAGCCUCCUGCUGUUUACAUACUACUCUGUCUGGGUCAUCAUCCUGCCCUUCGUGGACAGUGAUCACAUUCUGCAUAAGUAUUUCCUUCCUCGGGAGUACUCAGUCAUUCUGCCUGGCAUUGCAGCAGUAAUACUUCUCCUCUGUAUAGGGGCCUUCAUUGCAGUGAUCAUGUGGAAGAACCGCAAGCCAAAAAAAGUGGACUGAUCUCAGGAUGUUAGCGACUGCUGUGGAAAGGCCCCAAUGCAGAAAACUCUGUGGUGUCCCUGCGAGAGAAAUCUUAUCUCCAUAUACAUCAUUUGUAAUGAACAAUUGCUAAAUGGUAUUUAGUUAAAGAAAAAAUAACAAUGUUUCCUUAUAUUUACUUUAUAUUUUAGUACAGUAAAAGUCAGCGUCUAUGUUUUAAAACUAUGUGUUGAAUUUAAAAUCCUUCAACUUUAACAACUCUACCAAUGAGAAUCACUUGAAUCAACACUUUAAAACAUGACAUAUUCGCUUCACAUUUGUCCGAAGCUUCUGAGUAUUUGUGAAUCACUGCUGCAGACUGUUCUGUAGAGCCACAAGCUGUGUUUCCUCUGUCGGGCACUAGGCUGUAAACAGGAAUUCAUUUAGCUCAAGGUUUUAUGUCAGUUCACACGCUGUGGUGUUUUAUCAAAGUUAUAUUCAAUAGACUAAGAGGAUUCAAUUAGCAUCCAGCUGAUAACUUUUCAGACCAACGACUGCAAAGCGAGGACUUGUCAGUAUUUUGGACUUCACAGCAGUCUCCAUAGACUUAUGUCACUUUCGCCUAUUCAGAUACCACACAGAAACAAAUGAAGACAACCCUGAAGAUCCCCCAACCCCUCCGUGGCAGAUAACUUGGUAAUAGAGCUGUCAGAAACAUAUUUUAAUUGAUUUAAAUCUCAAUCAAUACAGCCCUGAAAUCGAAUAAAUUGAUUGAACUUUCCUCGGCCAUGGGCAGAUACAUAUGGGAAUUCUUAAUGUAGGUGGUGUUUCACUUUAAGGCCUUCCAUAAUGCAUUACUCUGCAGGAUCUACACCGGUACUCUCUAUACCAAAUGUUGUGAAUAUGUAAUUGUCCUCUCAAUAUGGAUCUCAGAUGGGAGGUGAAAUAUAUGUUCCUUUGUUAACAGUGACAUCAUGUUUGACUCUAUUGGAAGCAGUACAGGUCUUCAAAUAUGUAAAUAGUGACAAUAGGGUGUGAAAGUUUGACUGAUGUUAAUUAUUUUGAAUAAAAGCUAACAUUUUAUCUGGCACAAACAUACAGUGAGGCUGGUAAAGGGCCAGUUGUCCUUUUUAUAUGUUCAAUAAAAUGUUGAUGCUGGGAA